AGGCGUCCCUGGAGCCACCGAGGACCCUGCCGAGGGCCUGGGGGCGGGGUCUGAGCCAGCCUCUCCUGCCGCUGGGCCUUUGAGGUCUUCACCGAUCCUUGGCUGUCAGUUUCUGCCUCCAACUCCUUCCAGUCUCCAGCAUGCCUGGUCCGACUCCCAGUGGUACUAAUGUGGGCUCGUCAGGGCGCUCUCCCAGCAAAGCGGUGGCUGCCCGGGCGGCCGGAUCCACGGUCCGGCAGAGAAAAAAUGCUAGCUGUGGAACAAGGAGUGCGGGUCGCACGACCUCAGCAGGCACAGGGGGCAUGUGGCGAUUCUACACCGAAGACUCCCCUGGGCUCAAGGUUGGCCCUGUUCCAGUAUUGGUUAUGAGUCUUCUGUUCAUCGCUUCUGUAUUUAUGUUGCACAUUUGGGGCAAGUACACUCGUUCAUAGAUUCGGCUCCAUCCAUCUGUCUGUCAUCUGAAGAAGAAGGAAAGAAACCCAACAUAUCUUGGACCAAAAGCAUAGUGAUUUUCUGUUUGUGAGAAAGAAAUAUACUGUAAGCUUAUUGUUUUACAGGGAACUUAACAAGAAUUGGUUUUAAGGAAUCAAUUGUUUUCUAUGGCUAAUAAACUUUUUAAUUAAUUUA